AUGAUCACAACUAUCUACAGCAUCUUUGGUGUAUUGGGCUUCCUCCUCGUGCUAGACUUCUGGUUUAGACGGCGUUAUGAUCCUAAGGAACCCCCGACCAUCGCACCCAGCAUUCCACUCAUUGGACAUCUCAUUGGCUUCGCCAAGUAUGCUACCGGAUACGCUGCAAUUAUUAGUGUCGGCCGUACUGAAGAAAUCUUUGCUAUCAACUUCUUCAGCUUUCGUAUUUAUAUCAUAAACUCUCGACACCUUAUUCCUGCUGUUCAGAAAAAUAAAUCACUGUCCUUCGCCCCGUUUCAAAAGCAAUUCGCAGACGCCUUAACCCGUCCAUCAAAGCAUACGCUCGACUUGUUCGAUACGGAUCACAUACAUGAAAUUACAAGGGUUCAACUUGCGGCAUGGACCCCCGGAAAGGAUCUGGACCAUCAAAAUGUCCGAGUAGCAGAUACUUUAAUGCUUGAGAUGGAGAAAUUAUCCGAACAAAUCUCAAUGCAAGGAAGUGCGGUGGCAGAUUUCUUCGAGUGGACGAGGUAUACGAACAUGAUCGCGGCUACAAAUGGGAUAUAUGGUAGUGCGAAUCCGAUGAGAGACCCUGAGAUAUGGGGCGCUUUCUUAGGAUGGUAUCCAAAUAUAAUGAGGCAUCUUUCUGGGUACCCUAACUUCCUAUUGAAAGAAUCGGCCAAGGCACGGGAUAAAUUUCUCAAUUCAUUUAGCCAGUAUCUUCAAAGCGAUCACUCGGAUGCCGGAGAGGUUAUUUUUGCCAGGGAGCGGUUAUAUACUAGAGAUCAAGUACCGGUCAAAGAUAUGGCAUCCUCACAGGCGCUGUUCACCGUGGGGCUUAUUGGAAAUUUAAGUCCGACAGUCUUCUGGACAGUCUGGGAUAUAUUCUCUAGGCCACAACUACUCGCCGAUAUCCGUGAGGAAUUGGAGCGAGUCGCUGUAACUAGGCACAAUAACGAGAAGGAGCAAAUAUUCGAGCUUGAUCUCGCAGCACUCAAAUCCCGUUGUCCUUUACUAUUGUCCGCCCAUGAAGAAACUCAAAGAACAAGAUUUAGACAUGCAAAUGUCCGUAAAGCGAUGGAGGACACAGUGUUGGACGGAAGGCACUGGUUGAAAAAGGGAAGCAUGAUAAUAAUACCAAAUAAGAUGAUACAUAACCAUCCUGAGAUAUGGGGCGCAAACGCAAAGGAAUAUAAUCCGAGGAGGUUUACAUCCGAGAAAGGGCUACCAAUUGGGAGAUCUGCAUUGUCAACGUCGUACGCUUUUUUGGCGUGGGGUACAGCGCCGACGCUGUGUCCUGCUAGACAGUUUGCAGCGACGCAGAUAUUACUUUUCACGGCAUUGAUGGUGCUAAGGUUUGAAGUUGACCCGGUCUACGGCGAAGGUCAGUGGAAGGAGCCGAAGCUGUUGACUGGAGCGCUCGCCGUUAUAGAACCUCCGAAUGAGAAAAUGGAUGUGAGGAUUCGGAAUAGGAGGGGCGUAGAAGGGCUAUGGAGAUUGAAGAUGGGCGAAUCGAAAACUAGAGUUCCUAUUGCGUCUGGUUGA